ACUAAUCAGCAUUUUUUACUUUGCCUUUAAAAGCAGAAAGCAUAAAACAGGAAGAGAAGGAAGAGCCACAUGUGGCUCUGGAACUACGGGUUGCACACCCGCUCAUCAGCAAGCUCUGCACGAGCCUGAUAACGAUCCUAAUCAUUUGAAUCAGGCCUGUUGAAGGAGGGAAUUAUUGCAGAUUUGCAAUCCAUGUUAAAUUCCUUUUCCAACAACACCUGUUUUGGGAAGAUUGACCCAGUUGUUCCUUCGGGUUCAAAGGAAGGAGGCCACACCCCUUUUUGCUGAAAAUAUCCAAAUUCGGUGCAUCGUAGCGCUUUAACCCCUGCUCCGAUUGAUCUGAAAUCCGAGAUUUUGUGUUGUACUGUCAACAAGUACACCAAGGUUAAUUAAAAUCAAAAUCCGCUUGGUUAAAGUCACUGUUUGAUUUGGCAUGGGUGGAUCUUUAAUUUAAAUGGUUGUGCCUUGUGUUGAUUUCUUGUACUCAUUUCAGAAACCUGAAUGCUCAUGGAUUUGUUGGAUAUUUGCAAAUUUACCCCUGCUGCAAAUAAAAAAACGUGCGCACGCAAGAAGAAUAGAGUUUGGCACAAACGGCUCCGCCGAAGGAAACAUUCAACUCAGCUCCCAACUAUGCAACGUGAAGCUAAAAAUGGACCAAAGAAGAUAAUUGAGGAACCCAAGCAAAGCACAAAAUGGCCUUCAUCAAAGAAGCCCCACCUGGAGGCCCAACAGAGUGAAUGCUGGACAAACCACAGUAGGCCUAUAGAUGCACUCAGGUUUACAUGCAGUCAAUGCAAGGACAAUCUGGAAUAUGUUCCCAAAGACUUAAUGAGACACUUUGAGGAAAAACACAGUGGGAGCACACCUGUUUUUCCUUGUCAUAUGUGUCCUUUUGAUGCACACAACUUCUCCUACCUUCAAGUUCAUCUGUUAAGCCACAAGGACACUUUUUCUAGUUGCAGCAUUUGUAAUGACGACGUGAAGCGCACAUGGUCUGAACUGAGUGCGCAUCUGGCAACGCGUCACUGCCAAAAUGGCAAAUAUUCAUGUGAAAAGUGUCAGAGAUUCUCUACAGGCGACGUGACUUUGUUUUUAGAGCAUAUGUGUGUAUAUCAUCUUGGCCUCCAAAGAGCAAAUGAGAUUGAACGUCACAAGGACAAUACUCAGUUUGGGUCCAUCACGGCAAAUCAAACUCUAUGUUAUCCCCAUUGCGCGUAUGAAGCACCUCAGAAAUGGGUGCUUGCAAAGCACAUGAAUGCAAACCAUAGUUGCCAGAAAGGUAACCAAAAGAAGGAAAUCCGUUCCAUAGCAAGGAAAUCAAACAGCAGUCAAAUGAAGCCUAGGUUAACAAGGAGUGCAGUGAGGGACAUGUGCUGGUUGACACAGGAUUGUCUUUCUCUUCCAGGUAGAGACUUCCUAGAUAAAUAUUGUCAUUUGUCUGACCCUCAAACAACACUAAAGAAGACCCAGCAGUUUUUAAUGAAAUCCGUUGCCGAGGAAAAGGGUGACCAGAAAUGGACCAAGGCUCUCAAAUCUGUUCUGUCUAAUGUUCCUCAAGACAUUAACGUCCAUCCCAAGUCCGAGAAUGGCAUCAUGCAGAAUUCCGAGGAUCUCACUGUCCUCACGGUCCAGAACAAGAUAACUUUGGCUCAGAACGGUGCUAGUUAUGCUAACAUGCUGAAGGUGGUGGAGGAGACGGAAAAAGAAAGUCUUACGCCUGAAAAUCCUGCUGGUGAAGCUCAUGUUGGCCAAAAGGAAUGUCCAGUUUUGAAUGAUGACCCACAUUGCCUUGAGAAUGAAACUAAGCUAAGUAAAAAUACGUUAACUUCCAAUCACAAUGAAUCACUUGAGUGUGUCCAGAUCCUGGAAAAUGGAGAGAACCAGCAAUUAAAGACCAACUUGAAUAAUGGGGGAAAUAUAAUGCCUGAAGAUGAGCAACUCAGUUUCAAUGGAAUCAAUAUUUAUGAUGAGCCAAUUGUCACAAAUGGAAGCCAAGAGCAGAAAGCCACCUAUAAAGAUGAACCCAAAAGUAAGACUGUGAGAAGAAAACGCAAAAGAAAGUCCAGAUACAAAAAGAUGAAGAAAGUAACCUCUGAAUUAGCCUUAAAGAUUGUGUUAAAGAAAAAUCCUGUCAAACAGAGGCAUUGGGUGUCACAGGGCCCUUUACUUACAAUAGACGUUCCGGUGGAGGACCGGUGCAAACGACCAAAUCCACACAACACAACAGUGCAGGUUUCUGUCCCGGUGACUGAUCAGCAUGACCCCCAAGAAGCCAUAACAUCAGCACAUGCACCAUCAGGAGCUGAACUUCCUCCACAUUGUGCUGCAAAGUCAGCUGGGCCUAAAAAUGUACUCAUAAACCAGCCUCUUAUGUUUGAAGAUUUACAAUUGCCACCUGAAAGAGAAGGUGAUGAUGCAAAUCAUUCCCUGCACUUCUCGGAGACAGUUCUUGACAAAAGCAUCCUGUCAAAUUUAACAAAGACUGCAGUCCAAGUGUGUUCCGAGAACUCGCAGCUUCCCUCCUCCAGUGUUUUCCCAGUUUGCAGUGUGUCAACUGUUGAUGGAGCCACUCAAAGCAGCCACAGCAAGUCACCCCCUCUUUCCCAACCUGCUAUUACAUCACAUGGUGUGAUAAACUCAGCAGGAGCAAGGCCUGCACUGUCUGCAGAACAGAGUGACCAGCGUGUCGUGGAGCCUCCAGACUUCAGAUCAGACCGUCUCAGCAAUACCGAUCCUCCAUUGGAGAAAGCCAUCCCACAGGAAUCAUGGCCGGCCUUUGUACGCUGCCGGCAGCCUGCUCCAAAAAGCCUGCAAAGAACCCUGAAGUUGAUAGCCAUGAAUCCCUCUCAGCUGAUAAGGUGCCCAGUGAGAGACCAGCCUGUUGUAGUACUCAAUCACCCGGAUGCAGACAUCCCAGAAGUGGCCAGGAUCAUGAACGUGGUCAACCGUUACAGAGGAGAGGUGCAGAAGGUUGUUCUGUCACAGAGGACUCUGAACGCACUUUCAGCCAUGACCAACGGGACCCAUGAGACAAACCAUUAUAUGGAUGCUCAGAGCCAACCACCGUGGUGUGGGGAGAACUUGGUUCAGGAAAGGUUUGUUUUGAAGCUCAGGCUGCGGAGACUGAGCAGGAAAAAGUAUGAGGUGGUCGGUGCAGUUUCACCCAACAGGAAGGUGGCAAAGAAAUUCAGAUGCUGGUUUUGUGGCAGGGUUUUUGAAAAUAAGGAGAUGUGGUUGGUCCACCGGAAGAGGCACCUGAUGGAGUGGAAAAGGCCAAACUGUGAAAACUUUUAAAUGUCUCAUACACUGGAAGAUGACUGCAAUACAGCAAAACAAUCGUAGAAGCAGUGACAAUCAGAUGAAUUAAAAGUCUUAAUUAAAUCUUGUUGCACAUCCUGGACAAGCUCAGGGUAACAUGACCUACCAUAAUCUUUUAUCUCGUCCAGUUUGAGUAGCACCUUUAGAACUUCAUGAAGGGGUUGAUUUAAUUAUUAGUACCCUUUAUGUUUGUCUAUGCAAAUGCUUUAUUUAAAUUACACUGUCGCGUUUUAGAAAACACUGUAAAUGUGUAUUGCCACAUAGUCUUGAGUUGUAUGUACGGGUAGGCUGUAACUAGCAUAUUUAUGUUUUUGGAAUGGGAUGCUGAGACUCAUGUUCGUCAGACCAAAAACUGUGUAGUGUUAAAAACAGAAGAAAAAGCAAUAAGCUGUUUUAUUCAACAUUUAUUUAUGGCUCUUCUGUAUAGAUUUCUUUUUUGGGCCAAUUAACUAAUUCUUGUAAAUGUUUUGUAAAUCUGAACUAUCGUUCCAAUCUCAUAUUUUCUGUGACCGAUAGUUUUUUUCAUCUGGGGGAGCAGAUAUUACUUAACGCGCUACGUUUUUAUACCUAAAGUUGUGUUUUAUGAUGUCAGCGAAUGACAGUGUUUUUUUUUUUAAUCCCCCAAGGCUGGAUGCCCCUCCCCCCAAUGUAGUUUACUUUUGUUUGACUUGAAAAUGAUAAUCUAGUUUUUUUUUGUUUUUUUUUUUUAACUUGCACUAUGAAAGGAGGAUUUCGAUUUCCUUUACCUCACCCCAAGCCAACAACAAUCUCAAACCGGUCUUCUCCUGUGGCAAAACAUUUCGUAAAGCAGCCAUUAGAUCUCAGUAUUGAUAGCACAGAAAGUGUGUGUGUGUGCGUGUGUGUGAUUCCAGGACCAUCCCUGUCUGUGACUCAAUGUAAAUAGCAAACCUUAAGCUCAGACAAGAGGUUUCUAAUUGUACAUAGUUGAGCUCGUGGUACGGUGUAAGAAUAAGAUAUUUUCAUUAAGUGCCUUAAUUGGUUUAGUUAUGCAACCAAUCUGCAUGAGCAUUAUUUGUUGAUCAGAGAAUAAGUGCAAGUUGUCUGCUCCUGGUGACAUGAUUAAAGGAACCGAGUUACGUAUUGCUUUUGCUUUAUUUAAAUAAAAUUACAACUUGAAAGAAAAAAAAUCCUGCUUCUGCUCAAGCAACACUUUCUCAGCCUUUUUGUUAAUUUGAAUACUGCUGGAGAAUUGCAAAGCAUCUCAAUAAACAUGUUGAAAGUC